AUGGAAAAACAAUAUAGUAUUUCUAUUGGUGAAAAAGUUGAAGGGGAAACUCCCAUGCGUCGUUCUUUGAUUUCUCCAAACAAACUUGUAGACUCUCCUUCUGAGAAUGUUAAAACUUUAUACGAUAUGAUGCAAUAUAGUGUUAAAACUCAUGGUAAUAAGGCAGCUAUGGGUUAUAGAAAAGUAGAAUCCAUAGUUGAGGAAGAAAAAGAAGUUACUAAGUUUGUAGGCGGUGAAGAAAUUAAAGAAAAGAAAAUUUGGAAGUAUUUUCAAAUGUCACCGUAUACUUAUUUAACUUAUGAGGACGUUAACGAAGAAAUUAAAAAUAUCGGUUCCGGUUUGACAAAAAUUGGUUUACAACCUAAUGAUAAGAUGACAAUUUAUGCAGCUACAACUGUUAAUUGGAUGCUAGUAGCACAUGGAUGCUUCAGACAAGGUGCUACUAUUGUUACUGCGUAUGAAACUCUAGGAGAAGAUGGUCUUUUACAUUCUAUGAAUGAAUCAGAGGUUAAAGGCAUAUUUACUAACGCCGAUCUACUUUCGAUGACUGCAAAAGUUGCUGGAAAAGUACCAACACUUCAAUAUAUUAUCUAUGAUGGUGACUCAAAAGGAGAAGCAGAUAAAUUAAAAAAUGAUCAUCAAGGAAUUAAAAUAUUAACCUUGGAUGAGCUUAAACAGUUAGGCAAAGAACAUCUGGUAGAACCAAAUCCGCCAAAAUCAGAAGAUUUAUGUUGUAUUAUGUAUACAUCUGGUAGCACAGGGAAUCCAAAAGGUGUUCUGUUGACUCAUGGAAAUUUAGUAGCUGCAAUUGCUGGUACAAAUGAAUUACUUAUAAAACAUAUUCGACCUGAUGAUACUUUAAUUGCCUACCUCCCUCUUGCUCAUGUGCUUGAAUUCGCUGUGGAGCACGUAUGUAUUUGGUGGGGUGUCACUUUAGGUUAUGGUAACGUGCGUACAUUGACAGACGCAUCUGUACGUAAUUGUUUCGGUGAUAUCCGCGAAUUUAAACCAUCAUUGAUGGCUGGUGUACCGGCUGUUUGGGAAUCUAUUAGGAAAGGUGUUUUGUCUAAAGUCAAUUCUGGUGGUCCAACCAUGCAAAAAGUGUUUAAUGCUGCUUUCAAAGCAAAAUCAUGGCUUAUGAGCAAGGAAUUACCAACUAAACCUUUAGAUAUCAUGGUAUUUAACAAGAUCAGACAACAAACUGGUGGUCGACUGAGACUUGCUUUGUCUGGAGGUGCUCCCAUUUCUAAAGAGACACAAGAAUUCUUGAGCAUUAGUUUGUGUCCAAUAUUACAGGGGUAUGGGAUGACCGAAUCUUGUGGUUUCGGCUCUGUUGGUGCGCCAAUUCCUUGUUUAGAGAUUAAGUUAGUAGAUGUUGCCGAGGCUGGUUACCUUUCCACGAAUACCCGCCCGCAAGGUGAAGUUUGGAUUCGCGGCCCUUGUGUCACGAAAGGUUAUCAUAAAAAUGAAAAGGUUACAAAAGAGACCAUAACUGAAGAUGGAUGGCUUCAAACCGGUGACAUUGGGGAAUGGAAAGAGAAUGGAACUUUGUGUAUUAUUGAUAGGAAAAAGAAUUUAGUGAAACUCUCAAAUGGAGAAUAUAUUGCUCUUGAAAAACUUGAAUCCGUCUACAAAUCUACGCUUUUUAUAUCCAACAUCUGUGUUUGUGCUAAUUCAUUUCUGAAUAAACCUGUGGCACUCAUACACCCUGUGGAAGCUCAGCUCCGAAAUGUUGCAAAAGAGAAGAAUUUAGGCAACAUGGAUUUCGAACAAUUAUGUUCAAAUAAAGAAAUAACAACUACAGUCUUUCAAGCUUGCCUUACUCAAGCGAAAAAGGCGGGUUUGAAACCUGCAGAAAUGCUUGGUGAUAUUACGUUAGUACCUGAUGAAUGGACUCCUCAAAACGGUCUUAUGACUGCUGCAUCAAAAAUCAAACGAAAAGAUAUACAAGAUAAAUAUAAAACAGAUUUAGAUCGUAUGUAUAAAACUACAGGGGCAUAA